GCGGCUGGUGAUGGAUCCGCCGGGAGAGGCCCCCGCAAAGACCCGCGACACGGCGGCACCCGACUCGCAUGACCAUGGGCGCCGCCAUCUUGGCUGGGAAGGGCGGCGCGAGGGACGCUGGGAUAAGAGGCUGAGUAGAGUGAUAUCAGAUGAAAGGAAGAGGAAGGAAAGAAGAAAUUCUUAAAUAUUUUCCAAAGGAAGAGACUCCUUACAAUCAGACAUGGAACGGGGUUACAAGAUUGCCACACGUUUAGGAAAUAAAAAAGACUUGUGUAUGUUUCUAGCCCUUCAUAUGGAGAAUUCUCCAAUGUGUGUUAGCCCAUCUGAAAAGUUCAAUAAAACUGGGAUUGUUGUGUGUGAGUCAGACAAAAUACACAAAGUGGUAGCAAUGAGCUGCUCCAGAGAAAACUUACAUGCUGUGCAACAUGUCGUGCUGAAUGUUCCCUGUUCUUUGAGUAACUGCACUGUGUAUUUGUCCAGGAAACCCUGCUCCACCUGUACUACAUUUCUCAUUCAAGGAUCAGUUUCUUCAGUCUAUUACUGGCCAAUGUCUCCAGAACUAAAAGGGGAAGAUUCAGCAGUUGAGGAAGAUCUCAAGCAAGUUGACCAAAUGUUCCUCAGAAGUAAUAUAAGUAGCAGUGUUUUUCUACCAAUAACAGACUCUGACACUGUAUUUAAGAUUUCAUCUAGAAUCAAAAUAUACAAGUGCACAGAAUGCAGUUCCCAUUAUGCUGAGGCUGUCCCUAAAGACAUGGAAAAAAAUAGUUCAUUGCUUAAUAUGCAAGGACAUAUAAGGAUAUGUGCAGAGCAGAUGAAGAAUUCAUUGUGUUGCCUUGAUUGUUUACUGCAUUGUCCCCAUGGAAAAUUUGAAAAAAAAGAAAAGAUUGAUGUGGAAAAAAUGCACACACAUGCAUUGCAGCUUUGUUAUCUUUUAGCAGCAAGAUCUGAUGAUCCAGAUCGAGGUGUGGGUUGCGUAUUAUACAGUCAGAAUGGAUAUUUUUUUGGGGCAGGUUAUAAUGGAUACCCUAUUGGUGCAAUAUUUGCAAACCUGCCUUGUGCAGGUAGAGACGUCAAAAAAGAGUCAGGAACAGCAAAAGGACCAGUCCUUAUCCAUGCUGAAGCAAAUGCUCUACUUUUCAGAUCCAGAAAAAAAAUAGAAGAGAAUGAUGUUCUUUAUUGCACGAAACCACCCUGCUCUGAAUGUCAGAACUAUAUACAGUUUGUGGGCAUAAAGAAAAUUGUUUCCGUACAAGAAUCAUCACAAUCAUCAUCAAACCAACAAGACUCCACAGGUUCUUUAAAGAGCAACUUUGAAUAUUAUCAGUGGAAACCUCAAUAUGCGGAAUGUUCUGCUUCCCCCCUCAGUAAACAAACAGAGAAUUCAGAAAAAAGAGAUGGAGAAGAAACAGAAAGAAAGAAUGAUAAAGGUCCUCCUUCUCGUCUACCAAAUAAAGAAGACUUGUGCAUCUUCUUAGCACUCCAUAUGGAAAAUUCACCAAACUGUCAAGAGCCAAGAUGUAAAUAUGUUGGUAACAAACAAAAAAACUCAAAUAUCUUAAAAUUUUUCAAAACUGGAAUUGUCAUCUGUGAAGCUAACAAACCGAAAAGGAUUAUCACAAUGGACUGCUCCACUGAGGAUCUUCAUGCUGUGCCAAAAGCAUUGUUAAGGUUUCCAAAUGCACUGAGAUGCUGUGAAGUUUACCUGUCCUCGAAUGCCUUGCAUCAGUUGUGCAAAACUUUUGAUUCAAGCUCAAAUUUCUCAAGUGUAUUACUGGCCUAAUCUUGAAAUACAAAUAACAGAAGUAAAUCUGAACAAAAUUGAAAUGGAAGCUGAACAUGUUGAUAACAUCUUUAGGGAAAGCUAUAUCACUGCAGCAGUCUACAUACCAAUAUUAAAUGCUGAAAUGGUGAAGCGAAGGA